AUGGCAUCAUAGCUGGCGACUGGCAAGAGUGAUAAAUUUAAUUUAAAAUAUGACUUUUGGGGGGAACCUAAAAAACCUUCUGGAGAGCCAAAUGUGGCUCAUUGGCCUUGGUUAGCCUUUACAUUUCAAACAUUGCUACAGGGACAGAAAGCUUCCCAGGUCUUCAACUUGAACAUAAGUUGCCUAGCUGAAGGGUUUUUUUUUCAGGGGAAACUUACCAGAACUCAGUUCUGGCACCAUUGCCAUUAUAAGAGAAUGAAGGAGGCAUUCAUGGCGAGUUCCGGCAUCUCUUUUUCUAGAAAAAUAGCACUGCGGUAGAUGCAAAUACCUUGCUUUAUGAUGAAUUAUUUCUGUUGUGUUUUCUGCAUUCUAGCACCCAUGACUUUCACAAACUUUGUAUCAGCUCAGCUUUUCACUGCUACUGCCAUUUCUGUGUUUCUAGCUCUCUCCAGUCCUCACCAGUAGCACAUCUCAGGACUAGUUCAUUCUUCUCCCUCAGGAAGGGGGAGCAAGAUGAUUCCGGUGCCUUAUGAGACCUGGUCAGCUCCUAUAUUCUGCCAGCAUCAUCAACUGUGGGCUCCCAGCUGGGAGAUAAGCUCGGAUGGAAAUUCUAUGAUGGCGACGACUAUCAUCCAGAAGAGAACAAAAAGAAAAUGGCAGCAGGAAUACCUCUGAAUGACCAGGACAGAAUCCCAUGGCUUUGCCACCUGCAUGACAUAUUAAGGAGGGAACAAGUAUCAGGACAGAAUGCAAUUUUAGCCUGCUCAGCCCUGAAAAAAAUGUAUAGAUGCAUUUUGGAGAACAGAGGGACUGGUGGCGACCGUGGUCACCUAGAGGAACAUGAGACACCUCCAUCACUAAAUAUCCUUUUUGUCCACUUAGCCGGCCCUAUGAGCCUAAUUGCUAAACGGCUGGAGAAAAGAAAGGGACAUUUUAUGCCACCUGCUCUACUCCAGUCUCAGUUUGAUACUCUCGAACCUCCAUCACCCCCAGAAAAGUCUAUUACUGUCAGUUUAGAAAAGUCCGCUUCAGAAAUUGUAUCUGAAAUCGAAGAAUAUAUUAAAAACUUGAAUUGUUAAUUGUACCAAGUUGGUUCCUGCACUACAAUACCAUCUCAAAACAAAGACAUCUCUCCUACAAUUUCUCUUUAAUUAAGAAGUAGAAUUUUAUGCAUUGGCUCCCCCCCCUUGUGAAGCGCACAAAAUAAAAGACAUUUUAAGUCA